AGUGUGCAACUUGGCAACACUUCACCCGGCAGACGUGCAUUUACGUUUGGUUCGUAAAUUUAUUUGUUAAAUUUUAUUUGAGCCGAGUGGCUGCGAGAAAAUUCAUAAACAAAAUGGAUAAAAGUAUAGGGAAGAAAACUGGAGACAUUGUUUUGUGUGAAGAAGAUUUAGCGUAUGAAGAGGAGAUUCUACGGAACCCUUACUCUGUCAAACAUUGGCUUCGCUAUUGCGAGUUCAAAAAGGAUGCCCCUCCUGUUGUUGUCAAUUUGAUUUAUGAGAGAGCUUUGAAGGAAAUGCCUGGCAGUUACAAACUAUGGUACAGUUAUCUCUGCCUAAGAAGGAAGCAAACUAAAGGUCGCUGUAUAACAGAUCCACUGUAUGAAGAUGCCAACAACACUUUUGAAAGAGCAUUGGUAUUCAUGCACAAGAUGCCAAGGAUUUGGAUGGACUAUUGCAAGUUUCUGACUCUUCAACAGAAGAUUACCACUACAAGAAAGGUCUUUGACCGUGCUCUAAGAGCCUUGCCAAUCACCCAGCAUUCCAGAAUUUGGCCCCUCUACUUGAAGUUUGUUAAGAUGCAUCCAAUACCCGAAACAGCUGUUCGAGUUUUCCGUCGUUUUCUUAAACUAUCGACCGAAGAUGCAGAGGAAUUUGUCGAUUACUUAAAAUCUAUUGACAGACUUGAUGAGGCAGCUGUUAAACUUGCCCAGAUUGUGAACAAGGACAGCUUUGUUUCGAAGACAGGAAAAUCAAACCACCAACUUUGGAAUGAACUGUGCGAACUUAAUUCGAAAAAUCCUAAGCAAAUUAAAAGUCUUAACGUGGAUGCAAUCAUUCGAGGAGGUCUUCGACGGUACACUGAUCAACUUGGCCAGCUUUGGAAUUCCCUUGCCGAUUACUAUAUUAGAAGUGGUUUGUUUGAAAGAGCAAGAGAUAUUUACGAAGAAGCGAUUCAGACAGUUACUACAGUACGAGACUUCACACAGGUGUUUGAUGCCUAUGCCCAGUUUGAAGAGUUGAAUUUGAAUCACAUGAUGGAAGAGAUUGGUCAGAAACCUAAUCCUUCAGAAGACGAUGAUAUUGAAGUUGAGUUGAGGAUGGCCCGCUUUGAGGAUUUAAUGGAUCGCCGGCCCUUGCUGUUGAAUUCUGUUCUUUUACGUCAAAACCCCCAUAAUGUCGCCGAGUGGCAUAAACGAGUCCAGCUUUAUGAGGGCAAACCUCAUGAAGUUAUCAAUACUUUUACCGAGGCUGUCCAGACAGUCGAUCCAAAGCAGGCCAUUGGAAAGGUGCACACGCUGUGGGUCGACUUUGCCAAAUUUUAUGAGAAAAAUGAUCAGAUUGACGAUUCACGGAUAGUUUUCGAAAAAGCUACGCAUGUGAAAUACGUGAAAGUUGAUGAACUGGCGACUGUUUGGUGCGAGUGGGCCGAGAUGGAGAUCCGAAAUUCUCAUUUCCAAGAAGCUCUCAAAUUAAUGCACCGUGUUACAACUCCUCCUGCACGCAAAAUUAAUUACCAUGAUGACGCCGAACAAGUGCAAACGCGUGUUCACAAGUCACUGAAGAUUUGGGGUUUGUACGCUGAUCUUGAAGAAAGCUUUGGUACUUUCAAAACAUGCAAGGCCGUGUAUGACCGUAUCCUCGAGUUGAAAAUUGCAACACCGCAAAUCAUUAUGAACUAUGCCAUCUUUUUGGAGGAAAAUAACUACUUUGAAGAAGCUUUUAAAGCUUACGAACGUGGCGUUGCUCUUUUCAAAUGGCCCAACGUGUACGACAUCUGGAACACCUAUCUCUCAAAGUUUUUGAAACGCUACGGCGGCUCAAAAUUAGAACGAGCUCGAGAUCUCUUUGAACAGUGUCUUGAGGGAUGUCCGAAUAAGUUUGCCAAGACUUUCUUUAUGCUCUACGCUAAACUCGAAGAGGAACACGGCUUAGCCCGUCACGCUAUGAACGUUUACGAGAGAGCCACCAAAGCUGUGCCAGCAAAUGAGCGCUUUGACAUGUACAAUAUGUACAUAAAGAAGGCAUCCGAGAUUUAUGGUGUGACCAAGACGCGCCACAUCUAUGAACGAUCCAUCGAAGAGCUACCCGAUCACCAGGCUAGGGAAAUGUGUUUGCGAUUUGCCGAUUUGGAGCGCAAAUUGGGAGAAAUUGACAGAGCCCGUGCUGUAUACGGACAUUGCAGCCAAAUGUGCGACCCCAGAGUUGCGCCUGAAUUUUGGAAGGUUUGGAAAGAGUUUGAAAUUCGCCAUGGCAACGAAGAUACGAUGCGGGAAAUGCUUCGAAUCAAACGCAGCGUGCAGGCAACAUAUAAUACACAGAUCAAUAUGAUGUCAGCUCAAAUGUUAGCUGCUGCAACCAACACUGCCGAAGCGGCGGCUGCUUCUCAUGAUAGCAUGAAAAUGCUAGAUGCAGAAGCUGAAGAAUCUCGCCCUCCAGUGCCUGUUGCCAAGCCUCUGGCGCGAGCUGGGAGCAACAUCAUGUUCGUCCGGAGUGAAACUCAGCCUGGUUCCGCAACCGAGGACAUCCCUGCUGCUGCUGCUAACCCUGACGAAAUCGACAUUGAUCAAGAUGGAGACGAUGACGAGGAAGAAGAGGAAGCUACCAUUGAAGAACAGCAAGUUCCACGUCAAGUCUUUGGUAGCUUGAAAAAGGAUGAAGAAGAUGAAGAAGAAGCCCAAUAACGAGUAACGUAAAAGAAGUUUUGAACGUAUUCCAUCGCUCAAUACAUGAGUUUUCUUUACAGAAAA